GGUUUCGCAUAUCGAGUUCAUCACAUCUGGUUUCUGGUUUCAAGUCCCAGUCUUGGAAUCCAAUGAAGAUGUGUCUCUUAAUAGCGGCUUUACCGUUUUACCCUUAAGGACUGACUUGAUAUUACUGCUCCCGACAUUCAAGCUAAAAGUAGAAGUGGAACAUCAUACAUCUGAAAAUGUCCAGACAAGAAUUUAUGAACUAUAUGGUGGCACGGCCUGUUUAUUCAGAACCUAGUUUUGAAGCAGAUAAUGAAAAAAACAUAAUUGUCCCCAAAAGUUUGCGUGAAAGACUAAAAAACACAUGCAGUUGCUCAACUAAGAAGGCCUUGACAGCUGUAAAAUCUGUUGUACCAGUUAUUAACUGGUUGCCAAAAUACAGAGUAAAAGAAUGGUUACCCUCUGAUGUUAUCUCUGGUUUGAGCACAGGACUUGUGGCUACUUUACAAGGGUUGGCUUUUGCACUGCUUGCUUCAGUCCCUGCUGCAUAUGGCUUAUACUCAUCUUUUUUUCCUCUUCUGACAUAUUUCAUCCUUGGAACAUCAAAGCAUCUUUCUGCUGGUCCUUUCCCUGUUACCAGUUUGAUGGUUGGCAUCUACGUUCAGAGUGCAGUUCCUGACAGUAACUACCUAGUUCCAGGCAAUGCUACAGGACCAAAUGGUACAAUAGCUUAUACAGUGAAUACAGCUGCCAGGGAUACAGAUCGGGUCACUGUUUCAUUGACACUUUCAUAUUUAUGUGGAAUUCUGCAGCUAAUGUAUGGAAUCCUGCAGAUUGGUUUUAUUGCAAGGUAUCUUUCAGCUCCAUUGGUUGGAGGUUUCACUACUGCAGCAGCAUUUCAGGUCUUCGUCACACAAUUUAGGACCCUACUCAAUGUCAGCACCAAAAAUUACAAUGGGAUUCUUUCCAUCGUAUAUACCCUCAUUGAGAUUUUUCAGCGCAUUGGUACAACUAACAUUGCCGAUCUUAUAGCAGGACUACUUACUCUUAUAAUUUGUAGCGUUGUUAAAGAAAUAAAUGAUCGGUUCAAGCAUAAGAUUCCAGUUCCUAUUCCUAUAGAAAUAUUUGUGACAAUAGUAGCCACAGGAGUCUCAUAUGGUGUGAAUCUGGAGAAGAAGUACAAUGCUGCCAUUGUUAAACAUAUUCCAAGGGGGUUUUUACCACCCAGACCCCCCACUGUAACCAUGUUUUCAGACAUGAUCGGAGCUGCAUUUUCUCUGUCCAUAGUGGGUUAUGCAGUUGCCGUAUCUGUGGGCAAGGUUUAUGCCACAAAACAUGACUAUACUGUUGAUGGAAACCAGGAACUUAUUGCUUUUGGACUUACAAACAUUGUGGGAGGAGCUUUUUCUUGCUUCUUUGCAACAACUGCCUUGUCACGCACUGCUGUGCAGGAAAGUACUGGUGGAAAGACACAGGUUGCUAGCAUGUUUUGUGCUGGAGUUGUGUUUAUUGCCAUCGUGGCUGUGGGAUCUCUUCUAGAGCCCCUACAGAAGUCUGUUCUAGCAGCCAUUGUCAUUGCCAAUUUGAAGGGAAUGUUCUGGCAGGUGUUUGAUGUUCCUGUUCUAUGGAGGCAGAAUAAGAUUGAUGCGGUGAUCUGGGUUGUAACAUGUAUUGCAUCCAUCCUUCUUGGUCUUGAUCUGGGACUGCUGGCUGGGAUUGGAUUUGCACUGAUCACUGUUGUUGUCAGAGCACAGUUCCCUACAACUGCAACUCUUGGCAGUGCUCCUUCAACUGAUGUGUACAAAAACAUCAAACGGUACAAAACUGUUUUGGAACCAGAAGGAAUUAAAAUUUUCAGGUUUUCAUGUCCAAUGUUCUUUGGUAAUAUUGACUUCUUUAAAGAUAAACUGAAAAAAGCUGUGGGUUUUGAUGCAGUCAGAGUAUAUAACAAAAGGACAAAGGCACUAAGGAAGAUAAAAAAAUUGAUUAAAAAAGGACAACUAAGAACAACCAAGAAUGGGGUCCUUGCUGAAGUGGGCAUUGAUAAUGAAGGAUAUGAAACCGAGGAAGAUAUUGAGGAGUCUGAAGAGAACAGGGUCCCAACCAAAGAAGUGGAGGUCCAAGUUGACUGGAAUUCUAACAUCCCUGUCAAAGUGGCUGUACCUCAGGUCACCAUCCACAGUCUCAUUUUUGAUUUUUCAGCGGUGUCAUUUAUGGAUGUUGUUGCAGUCAGGUCACUGCAAGUGAUAUUUAAGGAAUUCACUAGAAUUGAUGUGAACGUGUAUGUUGGUGGAUAUGAAGACCAUGUAAUAGAAAAACUGGAGUCAUGUAAUUUCUUCAAUGACAAGAUAAAAAAAGACAACUGUUUUGUAACUGUUCAUGAUGCUGUUCUGCACAGUCAGAAUCAAAACAUGUAUAAAGACCUUCAGGACCCUUUCUUUGAAAAGAUUUCACUUUUGCAAGAAAGUAAGGGUGAAUAUGAAAUUCCUGAAGAUGAUCUGGAGGACAGACUUGAUGCUCAGGAUGAGGCUCUCCGUCGUCUUGCAUCAUAAAUAAAAACUGGAAAGAUUUCUGACAGAGGAAUAUCUAUGAACCUGUGAUAUAUAGAGAAGGAUAUUUAAUCAUUUUAAAGAAUUUUAACAAUGCAUUUUUGACAUAGGAAUAUCUAAGAACAUGACAUAUACAGAGAAAGAUAUUUAAUCAUUUUAAAAUAUGUUUAACAAUGCAAUAUACAAGAACACACCAAAGAGGCAUAUGUACAGUAAGUAGUAUGUUGUUACAUGGCCAUGGGCAAAAAGAAAUAAGAAAACAUGACCUUUGAAUAUGUUUGCACUUCUCUAUAUUUUCUUCCUUUACUUCUUGUUCUAGAUGGUGCAGUGCUCUUUGUUUUACCACUGCCUCUAUAGUAAGGGAUCACUUACUCUAUCUGUAGCAACCUGUGUUUCAAAACCUCCAUGACUAUUUGGGUUCAUUGAACCAAACUGUAUGACAAAAAAUAAUUUAUGUUUUUAUCAAGAAUCAAUACAUUUUGUUGCAAAAAUAAUUAAAUCACUUAUGGAAAUAGUGCUAUUGAUGACUUUUAAAAUCUCAUAUGGUACUACCCAGGCAUUUUAUUUCCUGAAAAAAUGUUUUUGUGUCUGAUGCAAUGUAAUUACAGAAGUAGAUAAACGAAUGCCAUUCAUUCUACCACUUAAAGAAUUGUUCUUCUUCUGAAUAUUGUCCUUUAUGUGAAAUAUCACUUUUAAGUCUCCUAUCUACCUUAAACUGUAUCUUUUACAUGAAAAAGGAUGCUGUGUAAACUGUGGUAUCAAUAUUUUGUCAUGUUAGAUCUCUACAGUAGCUGGGCAAUGCAGAGUCUGUAAAUAUUAACAUUAUUUGUUUCUUCCCAUGUGUAUGUGGAUAAUGAAACAGCAGGCACUUUUUGAAAGUCUCUGAUCUAUAAUAGGAACAGGGGAUGCAGCCAUUUGUUUUGUUUAUAUUAACUAACUGCACGUGCACUUGUUGAAAAUGAUUGCAUAUCAGGCAAUUUUAGAUUAUCUUUAUUUACUUGUUCACUUUUCAUCAUUGUCUGAUUUUUACAUUUUCUAGAAAGUUCCCAUGAGCAUUUUUAGUAUACACAUGCAUUUAGUACUAACAACAGUGACUAAUAAGGCAUCGUGGUAUGUGGUUAUCAUAGGUUUUGUCUGCAUCUUGUCCGGUGUUGCCAGUUGAGUGAAUAAACCCAAUAACAAGUGGAUAACAUCUGAACAAUUCUCAUUCUGGAGUACCUAAUACCUCAUGAUGGACUUAUAUUUUAAACUUGUCAUAACUUUUUUAUUACUGAAUUGUUAUUAUAUAAUAUUUUAUAGCUGCUGAGGUACUGUAAGACAACAUAGAUGGGUGACAUAGUUAACCAAAGGAUUAUAGAGUGUUAAGUUUAUCUCAUUACUACAAUAAGUGCUAGCAUUUAGUGAGAUGAAACAUAGAAAAGAAUGCUUCUGAUUUGCUCACUUUAAUCAUUAGACGUUAAAGUAGAAAAAACUAGUAAUGUGCCAUUGAAGCAAUUCAGUGGAAUUACACUGUAGCUGUAUGUUAUGUUUUUAUUAUUAUGAUUACUACAUUCCAAAAAAUUAAUUUAUAGUAUACACUAAGUUUAAGUGAUGUUAGGCAGAAAUCUGCAGAUUUGAGAGAGGGACAUAAUUAUGCAAUUAUGCACUACAAUCAGUAAAUCUAAAGCAGCCAAAAAAGUGUUGAUGCUAUUAAUAAUUUGUGUACUAAUUCAUUAAUUUAGUACACAAACUGAUUUUUAUAGAGCUUCUUCAGCCAUGAAUCAGAUUAUAAUGACAAAUUUAAUCUAUGUAGACAGUUAGAGUAGACAGUAAACCAGCAAGUGUUUGGGAAGACAUUAGAUUACCCAUUGUAAUCCUGGUCAAACACAAAUAGAUAAUGCAAACUUUAUACAGGCAGCAGUGAACCUUAUGAUAGUACUGUGAUGAUUUAUUAAUAGUUUAUCUGCAUUCAUGUCUUCCUAAAAUAAAAAAUAAAAAUAAAUAAGGGUGUGUGCACCUUUGUGGGGACACCUUAGAAUAAGAUUCCCUAAGGUCCUGUGGAUUCUAAGAAUUUUUUUGUUGAGCCAUUCCCACACAUCUACCCACAUUUACCCAUCAGCUUUAUGAACCUAUCCAAUUCCCAGGUUCCUCAACAAAGUGAUAGAAGGAGUUGCUACUGCAGAGGUUAUGACCCCCCUGGUCCUUUCAUGUUCACAAAGCUCAUUUUUUUUAAUAUUAGUAUCUUUUCUAUCCCUGUGCUAUAAGUGCCUUUAUCCUCUUUUAACAGACUAAUCUGAUGUUUCUUAGGAGUGUAGUGGUAGUAUAUCUCCUCCAGUACUUUUUCCUACCACUGAUCAUAAUGUUUUAGUUGUCAAAUGCUUGUGGCUACAAUAGUAGCAGCAUCAUUCAUCAUUAACGAGUCAUACUGGCUGUGCUAUCCAAACAUGACUGUUCAUUUUAUAGGGCUACCAUUAAUCAUUUGGGUGUGCAUGGUACACACUGGCAUAUUAACAUAUAUACAAAGUGAGUCUCCAUAAAAGGUUCCAAAUUUUUAAUUUUUGAUAGUUCUUUAAAUGAUUCAAAUAAGUUUCUAAACACCAUGAUUCAACUAUUUUUUUAAAUUGUGACCCCAUUCACUGCAUCUAUAUCAAUAAACUAUUGAUCAAUAAAAAAUAAGGGACUUAUAGUGACAAUCACCAGCAGAAUAUAAGGACCAGUAUGACUGAAGAUUACCCAAGAAAAUGAACCCCAAUUGAAUUAAAGUUAACAGCUGUGGAUAAAUAUGGCUUCUUAAAUAUUCAGCA